CGCAACUUCCUAUUUCCUUCCGCGUGAACCAAAGCUUACUGUUCAAAUCAAUUCACGUGUUUACUUUGACAAAGAUUUGCUUUCUUUUGGGAAUUAAGAUGAUUUAAUACCAUUUGUGCAUCUCUUAAUGCACAAGCUUCAACCAGAUCGUGAAAGAUAUGCUUUCUGUUAGGAGAUUCAUCUACCAAAUAAGAUAUAGUGGCGGGGGUUUUGAUUCACUCCAGUGACUCGAGUCUUUUCAAUUCGCUCACCAAAAAGAGUCCUUUUCAUACUGACGCCAGUAGAUGGCAGCAAUUUAAAUACAAUGUCUGAGGCCGUUCAAAAUGGAAAACCCAUCCUCAAACGUCCUGGAGUGGGACUUGGGGUUCUUGUGACAGACUCCUCCUAUCCAGGAUGUGUCCUGUUAGGAAAAAGAAAAACCACAGUUGGGAAAGGCACGUACCAGUUACCAGGAGGUCACAUUGAAUUCGGAGAAACUUGGGAGGAAUGUGCCCAGAGAGAGGUCAUGGAGGAAGCUGGCGUCCGACUGAAGAACCUUCGCUUUGGAUCUGUCGUCAACUCCAUCAGACUGGAAGAAAACUACCAUUAUAUCACAAUCUUCAUGCAGGGAGAAUUGGACAGGUCUUUCUCAGCUGAACCAGUUAAUUUGGAGCCAGAGAAGAAUGAAGGUUGGACAUGGAGGCGGUGGGAUGAAUUUCCCCCUGAAGAGCAGCUAUUCCUGCCAUUAGCCAACCUGAGACAGCAGGACUUCCAGCCAUUCAGAAAGAGUUAAAGGGAUUUUCUGUAAUUAAAAAAAUUACCUUAUCACUCCCUGACCUAACCUUAUUCAGGUUCAGGUGAACUGAACUCACCUUAGGCCUUUUCUCACUCAUUUUGAAGAGAGCAUUGACCUGAAGAAAGGACACAUGCCCUGACCUUAAGUUGUGAGAUUGACAUACUGUACUUUCAUAUUGACUGAAUGUUAUUCCAGCUUCUCAAAAGCCUAAUAAUUUUAUUGAACACACAUGUGUAUUAAAUUAUAUCUAAGGCUAUUAAGCUA